CAGGAUGCGUAUGACACCCAAUGAUCUUCAUUUUUUUCUGUCUCAUGACUACAGAGGAAAAGGAGUACUAUUGGUGUGCUCCUCUAUUCCUUUCGUCACGGGAGAAUGCAGAUAUCGACACUUCACAUCAGCAUAGACGACACCUUUACAUAUGGCCUCAUAUCGGUAAGGCCUCCGCUGAACGGCUCCGCUGGUCGUAUUCGUCUUCUUCUAACCUAAGCUAUUGCUGUCACCCAAGGGGAAACCUGUUAAAAUGUCAUCGACUAUCGCCUCUUUGGGCCUGGUAAAUGUCUGCGUGGCUUCCUCGGCCGUGCUCGUCCUGUGGUACAUCGUCUCAGCCACGGCAGCCUGGUAUCGUCUUCGCCAUAUCCCGGGCCCGUUCUGGGCCUCGUUUUCCUACGUAUGGAUGGUAAGGAGCAUACUCACUGGCAGCGUCGGGUCAGACUUCCGCAGGCUUAAUAGCUAUGGGAAAUUCGCGCGCGUCGGGCCCAAUUCCAUCGUGACGAACGAUCCCAAGAUUCUCCGGCGCAUCUCCGCGGCUCGGACCAAGUACGUCAAGGAUGAGUGGUAUAGCGCCAUCAAGGUCGCGCCUGACCACCAGACCAUGGCGGUUUCGCUGGACAACGAGACCCACGACGCGCUGAAGGCGAAGACCGCGGCUGGGUAUAGCGGCCGCGACAACCCCGACAUGGAGGUCGCCAUCGACAGCCAGAUCGCGCACUGGGUGGAUGUGAUCCGCCAGAAACACCUGACUACGAGGGCCAAGUUGCGCAGCGUCGAUUUCGCCUCGUUGUCGCGCAAAUUCACCUUGGACGUCAUUACUCGGCUCUCGUACGGCCGGCCGUUUGGGUUCCUAGAUGCGGACGGGGACUUGUACGGAUACAUGAGGCAGAUGGACGGGUCGAUGAAGACGAUGGUCCUGGCUCAGGAGAUCCCCUUUUUCAGACGCAUCGUGUUCUCUCCUUUCGUAUUCGGCCUGAUUGGGCCUAAGGCGACGGAUAAAGGGGGCGUUGGGAAGAUGAUGGCGAUCACGCGAGACAUUAUCGACGAGAAGUUCAUAGACAAGACGCCCAGGGAUGAUAUGAUGGGAUCCUUCAUCCGCCGGGGGAUGACACGAAAAGAGUGUGCGGACGAAGCUAUGCUGCAAAUCAUUGCCGGGUCCGACACGACGGCUACCGUGAUCCGUUGCACUAUGCUAUACAUAAUGGCUACCCCUCGGGUAUACACACGGCUGAAGGCUUUAGUGAAGGACUGCGUGAAGCGGAACGAGGCUUCGACGCCCAUCACGUUCGAGCAAGCCCAGAAAUUGCCCUACUUGCAGGCUGUUAUUUACGAGGGCCUUCGCAUUAAGAACCCGAUAACUUACGGACAUUAUAAAAGGGCCCCUCCGGAAGGGGACACAAUCGACGGCGUCUUCAUCCCCGGAGGCACCGUCAUCGGGGAUAAUAGCGUAGGCCUGACGUACAACGCCGAGGUCUUUGGCGAAGACGUGGAUGUUUUCCGGCCAGAGCGCUUCCUCGAGUGUAGCGACGAGAAGAGGGUCGAGAUGGAACGUGCCGUCGACAUCGUCUUCGGCGGCGGCCGAUGGAUGUGCGCCGGAAAGACAGUCGCGUUCUUGGAGCUCAACAAGGUCUUUUUCGAGCUCUUGCGUCUGUUCGACUUCCAACUGGUAUAUCCGAACAAGGCGUGGGACGAAGAAAUCCACUUCACCUUGUUCCACAAGAACAUGUGGGUGAGGAUCACAGAGGCAGAUGCGGCCGAAUACUAGGGGGACGGCCUUCUUGGUCGAGUCUCGCGCUGUCUUUCUGCGAGAUAUUCGAUAUUAUUACACCCGGGCAGUCUCCACCAAACCUGUGUCCGGACGUAAGCGGCAACGAGCCGCGAAACGUGACGGCGAACACAACAUCGUAUCGCUCC